UAAAAAAAAAAUAAUUCUUCAAGCAUGAUCCACUUUUGAUAAUCUCUACCCAUGCUCUUUUGAAUAGGUAAAAAUUGUACAUAUUUGUGAGGUAACGCUAACAAAACGAUUGAUGGAAUUUGAGAAUACAGAUUCAGGGAGCUUAACGGUUGAGGAGUUGAUUAAGAAUGCUUCAGAGGUUAAGGCAUGCGGGCUAUCAGAGGAUAGGUCUCUCAAGUCUGGGGAAGUGCUGUGUGAACAUAAAAAUAGUGGGAAACCUCAUUUUGCUCAUGGACUUUGCAGAAGUUGUUACCAAGACUUUGUUGAACUUUCUGGGGGACUGCAUGGUGGGUCAGAACCUCCUGCAUUUCAGCGGGCUGAAAGGGAGAGAAUAGCCAUGGAAUCUGCUAAUAACCGGGGGGACGAAUCGAAUGUUUUCUUAAAGCCUUCACUAGGGUCAGAAAACAUUGAACAGCUUGAAAGAAGCCAAAAGGCAACCAAGAAUGAACGAUUGGAUCUGAGAGAGAAUGAUAGUAAUUCUGCUGCCAUUGGAGAUCAGAUUGAAAUAGAUGGUGUUUCUGAUGCAUGCCAGAAAUCCAUGGAUACAAGUUUGGUCAGUGAUGAUGAAUCAGAUGGCCUUUCUGAUAUUGAUGAUGUUGAGGUGAGUGGCUAUCUCAACAAUGAGGAGGAGAUGCAUUUCAAGAAGAUUAUCUGGGAGGAAAUGAACAAAGAGUAUCUUCAGGAACAAGCAGCAGCCGCUGCUGCUAAGAUGGAAAGUCAGGCCAGCUUUCAGAACUCUUCUGAUGAAUUGCGAGCCGCACAUGAACUAGCUGCAGCAGCUGCGGCAGCUGUUGCAAAGUCAAGAAAGGAGCGGAAACGAAAACAAGAUGUGAAUGCCAAUCCUGCUCAAACUGCUGCAGAAGCAGCUCAUCAAAUGCUGAUCAAGAAGAGACUCAGUUCGAAAAUCAACUACGAUGUAUUGGAGACACUCUUUGCGGAAAAGCCAUCUUCUGAUUCGAAUAAAAAACUCAAAGCAUCAAAUGAUGAUGGCUAUGCCAAAGGGCAAAGUAAUGGUGAGAAAGAGCAUGACGGGGAUAUCACAGACAAUUAUGAUGAACUGGGACAAGGGUAUGAAAACUUGGAACAGGAAGAUGUCAACGGAACAUAUGGCAAUGAAUUGCAUGCGGACUUUGAAAAUGAAGAGGAUGUUUAUGGUUAUAACUAUGAUAAUGGUGAAGAGGAAUAUUGAUGCAAUCCGAUCAGAUGCAACUCUCCGAAGGCUGAUUCGAUUUCACUGAAGCUUCGAAAUGACAAAAUCAGUGGGUAUGGAGAUAGGAAGGAAACACAAAUUGAAUUAAAGCUUCUUCUAUUUUUCCCCUUCUAAGGCAUGUGCCACUAUGUUGAGGGUAUUUUAGUAAAAUCAUAUAUACACAAUAUAUCUGUUACUGUAUAUGUUGCCAAAGUUGGAUACAUAAUUAAGCUCCUCAAAUGUGUAUGUUUAGAUUA